UGCGAGUUGUUUAUAGCCCCGGUUAGCUUCCUGCGCUCACAGUGACUCACACGUGGGUUUAAUGUUCGCGCCUGGCAGACAGCAGUAUGGAGGAAUCGCCACUGAUAGGAAUAUGUGACGGUGCUAUUGAUCAGAAGAAAAACACUUAUUAUAACAUAAAUAAGAUUGGAGGAUGUCCGGACCUGAUACCUGGUGUAUCUAAUCCGCUUAACCUGUGCACUCUUUGUAGUGGGGUCCUCAGUCAUGUUGUUCAAAUAUACUGCCCCCUUGCAGUGUCUCCAUAUCACCGUACCAUUAAUGUGUUUGCCUGCACUGCUCCACAGUGUCAUGGCAAACAGGAAAGCUGGAAAGCCGUCCGUUCACAAUGUUUGGAGUUUGAGAUAAAAGAGACUUCAGCGUGUCAGAGUUCUGAUAGAACACCAGUUUCCACUACAGACUGGUGUGAUGAUGCCGAUGACUGGGGAAUGGACUCUGAGGAGAAUACGGACAGUGAACAGACUUGUAAAGCUCAGCCUGAGACAGGUCACCAAAAAGCAAGCCUGGAUGUCAGCAGCAGACUCCAAGACCUCUGUAUAAAUGGGUCAGCAGGUGUUGAAGCUGCUGGACCACCUACAGAUUCCCCCACCUUUCAGUCCUACAUCAGUGUGAUGGAUGAGGCAGACCUUGUGGGCCAAAAUGACCUGGAGCAUGCCAAUAGACUGCUGAAGGAGUAUGAGGAGAGGGAGGGUGUGGCAGUCCGGGAGAUUGCAUGCUGUGAAGGUCAAGGAGGGGAGGAGGCAUAUGAAAAAGCCAAAGCCAAACAUGGAGAUGCAGCGUUUUCCAGUUUCAUGAAGAGAGUCUCCCUCUGUCCAGAACAAGUGCUGCGAUACAGCUGGAGUGGGACACCGUUAUUUAUCAUGGCACCUCCUUCAAAUGUAAAUCAGAUGGUGCCUCCUUGUGCACACUGUGGCAGUCCUCGAGUUUUUGAAUUUCAGUUAAUGCCAGCACUGGUCAGUUUGCUUCGCAGUGUACAUCUAAGUUCAGAGCUUGCUGUUGAGUUUGGAACGGUUUUGAUUUAUACCUGCAGAAACAGUUGUUGGACAUCUGGAUCAAGCAGUCCUCUUGAGGAAUUCCACUUUGUACAAACUGAUCCUGACCAAAAGCUCUUUAAAUGAUUGUAAUAGUUUAUAAGACAAUAAAGCAUUAGUUACUGUUGUAA